AUGGCGUCUGCGGCACUUCAGAUUGGGAAAGACAUUGAUGGUAUGAUCACUUUCAUCUCUAGGUGGUGUAUGGAGACUCAUACUGCCAUAUGUAGGUGGGGCGAGAUGACUAUUACUUUGGAGAGUGUAGCUGUCCUAUUAAAUCUUCCAAUAAUUGGGAAUCUUGAUGUCGUCUUGUCCGAGGAAGAAGAGGAAAUGCACGCUACUCUGGUUAGGAAGUCGGAAGAAUAUGUUCGGAAGGACAAUGAGGAAAAGUUCUUUUAUACUUGGUGGGUGUCUGAAUGGUUCCCCAAGGAGACGGAGACGGCUUUGGUGCUGGACGAUACGCUUCAUGUCGCUGCAUUUUUAUCCUUGUGGUUAUCCAGAGAUAUUUUUGAUGAUGGUUCUGGCAUGAAAGAAAUAAGACGGAAUCUCAUCAACUUUGCUAUCAAAUUGGCGAAAGGCGUGGCCCUUCCCAUAGGCAGCUUGUUCCUUGGCUCCUUGUACACCCAUCUGGAUUGCUUAGCAGCAGACAUGUAUGCUUCUAAUGGGUACAUGAAGGUGGACUCGUAUAUCCAUGUCGCCUUUCUUCAAGUAUGGUUGUGGGAGCAUUUUAAGCACUACGCUCAUAAUCCAAUGACUUCACUUCCUGACACAUAUGGCGGCUCUAGAAUACUUCAGUGGUCGAAGAAGCGUCCAAGACCUAGAUCGAAACUUGUCGAUUUUCUCGACAACAUGAAUGAAAUAAACUUCCGUCCCUGGACUCCAGUCCACGCGUCCAUAGUUCAACCAAACACUUUUGCUUCCGCCCCGGACAUAACAUUGCAUUCUGAUGGAGUGGAUAUAACCGUUGGAGAUGUCAUAUUCAUGUGA